GCGGGAGGUCCCUGACCUGCCACUAUGGGGGAGGGAAGAGGCGACAGCUUGGACGGUAUGGGCACCGGCCGCCUUAAACUGGAGCUGCUGGAGGAAAUCCAGAAGAAGGACGUAGUACAACUCUCAUUACUUGAAAUAAGACACAAGAUUACAGAACUGGAAGCCACUGACAUUUUUGAAGGUGGUGAAUGGAAAACCCGUUAUGAGACCCAACUCGAGCUGAAUGAUCAACUAGAAAAGCAAAUUAUAUCCCUUGAAGAGAAAAUGGAAAAAUUCCGUGGGAAUCCUUCAGACAGACUAUCUUCUAUUCGUGUCUAUGAACGAAUGCCAGUGGAAACCUUGACUACAUUACUUAAACAGUUAGAAAAAGAAAAAAGGAGUCUUGAAAAUCAAGUGAAAGACUACGCACUUAGACUGGAACAAGAAUCAAAGGCUUACCACAAAACCAACAACGAACGCCGCAUAUACCUUGCUGAAAUGUCUCAGAUUAACAGUGCUGUAUUCCCUCAUCGGCCUCUUACUUGUUUACAUCGUAGGGACUCAUCAUGGCUCCAGAUAGCUUACCAGAUGAGAAAACAGUCUCAGAGUGAUAAACCUAGUAGCAACUAUGAGAAGAAAGUGGACUGGAACCCAGGCACUUGGGUUUCAGAACGAGUGGUCUUAGUAACUCAGCCACAGGGACCAUUAGUGGAUGGAGACACUACUUUUGGCCUGGCAAUGCUUAGACUAUUGCAGCCUAAACCACCACAAAUUGUCAGUGUUUGUAAAGUCUUUUUGGUGUACUUUGCAGAACUUAAUAAUGGGAGUGAAUAA